AUCCAACAGUCACUGGCCAUCUCUCACUCAUCUUCCUCCUUCAAAGUUCAUACUUAUAUUUCCUUCUCGAUAGUAAAGACUCGGCAAUAGCCACAUAUUCUCUAUGCAUUCGGCAACGAGAUCAUUAUCUUCCUCCUCCCACGAAAGCCGUUUCACUUUCAAUUCAUGGCACUAUUCUUUAAAUUAAUCAAUCAUUUGAACAUGCUGUCUCUCCUUUUAUUACCACUCGUUUCGAAAGUUGCCCAAGCUGGGAAUGCACACUCGGCGCACCACCAUAAAAAUACAGUCGGACGGAGUGUGCCAACUAUCCCAGAUUUCUUGGGUCACAGGGGCUACGAGCUGACUUGGUUUGACGACUUUUUUUGGUUUCCAGGUACUGAUGGCUUACCAUCUUCCACCAACUGGAUCUUCGAUCUCGGCACCUCAUACCCCGGUGGCGCAGAAGGAUGGGGAAAUAAUGAGGCGGAAUUAUACACAAACUCCCCUAACAACGUCCAUAUUACUCAGUCUAGUACGCUAGCCAUUACCCCUCGCCUCUCGUCGAAUGGAACAUGGACGUCGGCACGCAUCGAGACUGCCCGCUCCGACUUUGCCGCCUCAGCAGGCGGAAAGCUGUACAUUGAGAGUCGACUGCGGACAGGUUGCGCUGCGACACAGCACCAACAAGGCAUUUGGCCUGCGUUUUGGGCACUUGGACAAGAAUUUCGAGGAAACUAUACCAAUUGGCCAGCCGCGUCAGAGUGGGACUUUUUGGAGGUGAUCAACGGAUUACCGACAAUGUAUAGUACGCUGCACUGCGGUACGACGCCGGGGGGGCCUUGUAAUGAAAACAAUGGGCUUGGGGAUGGAGGUGUUACGUGGACGGGUUGUGAAUGGCAUACUGUUGGGUUUGAGGUUGAUCGCACUGCAACAGGUGGCGAGAGCGAUUCGAAAGCGUGGCACGAGGAGAUGUUGACCUGGUACCUUGACGGGGAGCAGAUCUACAGAGUACAGGGAUCACAAAUUGACGAUGCUACUGUGUGGGAGAAGAUUGCGCAUCAGGGUCAUUUCCUUUUACUGAAUGUGGCUGUGGGUGGGAACUGGCCGGGACAGCCCAAUGCGACGACUGUUGACGGGGUCGAUGUACAAAUGGAGGUUGAGUAUGUCGCUGUAUGGAAUUCCGAUUCGUGGUUCGGUCAAUGAAGUCAGCCCAGCCAGCUGUGUAUACAAUGUAAAUUAUAGUGCUAAAUGGGAUAUAAUAAUGUAUAAUAUCUACAAAAAGCUCAUGCGAUGCACAAAGCGUGUUGGUCAUACUAUUUGAAGUUUAUGCUUUCAGUUGUGCUUGGGACAGCGAAAUUCAGUCUAUCUCAAUUGAUUGAUUGAUUAUCUAUAGAACAAACACUACCACA